AUAUGAGUCUUGACCAAAGGACUUCUAGCCCAGCCUGUCUGUACCCCAUGCUCUCUUCUUGUACCAGUUGAUAAUAACAAACAUUCCUUGUGAUACAGGCAGUACUGAACCUUUGAUUCAGAUCCUAGUUACAAUUUGAAUCUCUGUGCGGUACAUCAUUUACCAGAUACCAUCAGAGAAGGCAAUGUUCCAUUGAAGUGAAUAUUCCAGAUAACCAAAGCCGACCAGUUAUAAGGACUGAACUGCCUAUCUUCAGUGCUUUCUCAUAUUGAAGACAUGAAUUUGAUUUGACUUUGGGAGCUGCAUGAAGUGAUGGAAGGAACACUGGAUUUGGAAUCAGAGGGGCUGGGUUCACAUCUUGAUUUUGUCACAGAUUUUCAAUUAUACAAUGCAUAUGUGAUCUUUGACAAGUUAGGUCACCUGUCUUGGCCUCAUCUUCAAAGUGAAGUUGGACUAGCUGGACUUGAGUCUUUCUUGGUCAGAAUAUGAACCUAUGAGUCUUUUCUUAGGAAUACUAGCUCAUCCUUUUGAACAUCUUGUUAUUCUAUUGGACUUUAAACAGUUCUGAUGACAUGCAUGAGGACUAUUAACCCCUAUAUUCAAGGACUGCAGACUUUUAAGUGCUUUGAGUUCAGGCGUUGUCAUCUGUCAGUUCUUAUUGAACUUGGCUAUGACCCAUAUAACCCUGACCUUCCGAAGCCUUCAGUUGGGACUGAACAUGGCUCCCUGGGAGAUGUCCCAGAACCCAGCUCUGGCAUCUUGGAGCUGGAGUUAGUCAACCAGGCCAUUGAAGCUGUCCGGAAUGAAGUGGAACGAGAGGAAAAGAAAUACAAGGAACUGCUAGAAACAACCAAGGAGUAUGGCACCACAGAGACCUCACUUGUUUCACAAAGCCCUACUGGAGCUGGAGUGCCUAACCCAGACUCUUUUGCCACUUCCUUAGAAUAUAAUCCAGGUAGCUACAAUCUAUUAAAUAACAACACAGACUAUAACCCUACCCCUUUGGCUGCUGCUAAUAAAUGUAACAAAUAUACUUUGGAUUCUUUGGAGAAAUCCAAGGCUAAAGGUAACUCUCUGGAAUAUGUUCCAAAGUCUGUGAUCCAGCCCAAAAAAUAUAGCCGUGCUAUUCCCAAUAGCAAAUAUGUGAUUGACAAUUCCAAGCCAUCUACAGAUUUGGAAUAUGACCCCCUUUCAAAUUACUCAGCCAGGCUUUUAAAUAAGGGCAGUCCAAAGGACCAGAGGGGGAUCAAAAGGAGAAGGGACUCUCACCAAGAUGACUCCUAUACUCCUUCACUCAAGAAACAUUGCGAUGUUUUUAGCAAUUAUGAAACAGAUGCCAGAUUUUCUGACUCAGAAGAUGAGGAGCCCAGCUCAGAAAACCAGCCAAGUCCUGCCAGCCCCACAAAAGCCAGAACCAAUUCAGAGAGUCAGUUUAGCAGUGGGUCCUCCCCUGCGAAAGGAAAGCCUCCGGAACCUGAGGAAAGUAGUUUGAGGGAGACAAAGGAGAUUGCUGUGCAGUAUGACAUGGGGGAUAUCCAGCGCCGACAGAGUCCGAUUGGAAAAUCCCAACCAGAGAAGGGUGGAAAAGGAAGCAAGCACUCUUUAGAAGGGAAGGAGAAAGAGGCAGGAGGGGAUCCAAAGCAUAAAGGCAACCCAAAAGAGCCCAGAGCCCAGAAAAGAAAAUUACAUGACCAAAAGAGCUCUGGUCAUCAGGAAGUGGAAAGUCAGAGAGAAAAAAGCAAAUCAGCUGAGAAAGACAAAGGGAAGAACAAGGACAAAGCAAAAGGGAAAUUAGGGGAGAAAAAUCAUAGAGAGAAGAAACUCACUAAGGUCAAAAGUGAUGUACACAUGAGUAAGGUGGAGAAAUCCAAGUUAGAAAAGCAAGAGGUGGCCAGGAAAGAGAAGUUACCAUCUGCCAUGUUAGUGGCCAGCUCAGGGAAAAGGAAGAGUGAUGGCCUUAGUAAGAGACCUAGCACAGGUAAGCUGGGGAACCAUAAGAAGGAGUCUAAACUGAAGCCAAUAGAUCCUCCCAAUGGGAAAAACAUGUCCAGUAGCAAUAAGCUGAAAGACAAGAAAGGAAGCAAAACCUUCUCCUCAAGUAAGCUGAGAGACAAGAAAUCCUCUUCUCUAGAUGAAGGAAGAUCCCAGGGGUCCCCAAAGCCUAAGAAGAGGACGUUGAGCCAUAUUGACCUCUUUGGAGAUGAGAGUGGGGAUGAAGGGGAGGGGACAUGUCCUGUUCUUCCUGCUACCCUUCCAAGUUUAAGCUCAGACUCAGACUCAGAAGAUGGAAGCCACAGCCCCCUUAAUGAGAGCAAGGGACCAAAGCACCUCCGGGGUGCCCAGCUCUCUACCUCUUCUUCCUCAUCUUCUGUGGCCUCUGAUGACAUCGACUACUCUGUCCUGGAAAAGGAAUUGGAUUAUGAUUCAGACCCAAUGGAGGAAUGUCUUCGGAUUUUUAAUGAGUCUACGGAUGUGAAGACCGAAGACAAAGGGAGGCUCAACAAACAGCCAUCCAAAGAAGAGAAGAUUGAGGGAAAAUCAGAGGACAGCUUGACUACACUGUUUCCAGGUCAGAAGAGGAGGAUUUCCCAUCUCUCCAAACAAGGAAAUGCUGAAGUCCCAAGCAAGCCUGUCAUUCGGCCCUAUCGCCCCCCUACGGCUCAGGAGGCCUGCUACCGAAGAACCCAGCUUGCCCAGAGACAGGCCUCAGAUAUUCUGGCUUCAAGAUUGGCAUCCCAGAAGCAUUCCAUGUCUCUGCCUGAGGAGAAGAGGAGAAUUGCCCACAUACCCAAUCCCCGAAUGGCCACAGCAUUGGCAGCAGCAGCCAAUUCAACCCCCACAGGUGCCAAGAAAAGUAAUUCUUUGAACACCGUUCAAGUCGCAAAUGGCUCUGAGCCAAACAUCUCUUUGAAGUCCCGAACGAUGUCUGGGAUGGCUUCUAAAACGAGCACGACAUCCCUGCAGAAGAGGAUAGCACAUAUGCCCUCCCUACAGAGUGUAAGCUUAAAUAGGCCAGUUAUUCCAACUGAGUUUGGGGCCAAGGUUCCUACCAACAUCCGCCAGCGUUAUCUUAAUCUUUUUAUUGAUGAGUGCCUGAAGUUUUGUCCAUCACCCCAAGAAGCUUAUGACAAGGCUUUAUCUGAGGAGAAGGUGGCCUAUGAAAGGAGUUCAAGCAAGAAUAUCUACCUGAAUGUAGCUGUCAAUACCCUAAAGAAGCUAAGGAGUUUAGGACCUGGUUCUGUACAGUGUGUAAACAUCUUGCCCACUGGGCCUGACUCCCCUAGUGGUGAGAAUAAUAGAUCGGGUUGUUCCUCCUGCCCCCCUGCAGAGAACAGCAAUCGGAAGGUGGUGUCCCAUGAAGCUGUGCUGGGGGGGAAACUGGCCACAAAAACAAGCUUUACACUGAAUCGAUCCGGUAACCUCAGAGCAGAAGAUUUAACAGGAGCUGCCUUGUACCGAAGAUUGAAGGACUAUAUUCUAACAGAGGACCAACUGAAAGAGAAUGGCUACCCUCUGCCCCAUCCUGAAAAACCUGGCCGAGCGGUGGUCUUCACCACUGAAGAGAAGAAAACCACAGACUCAUCCUGCCGAAUUUGCUGUCGCUGUGGCACUGAGUAUCUUGUCUCGCCCACCGGCAAUUGUAUCCGGAAGGAGGAGUGCUGCCAUCACUGGGGGAGGCUGCGCCGUCAGAGAGUGGCUGGUGGAUGGGAAACCCAGUAUAGUUGCUGUUCAGGAGCUGUUGGUUCUGCUGGGUGUCAGGUUGCUAAGCAACAUGUGCAAGAUGGCCGCAAAGACAACCUUGAAGGGUUCGUGAAAACCUUUGAAAAACUUCCCUCUACAGAUGGGUAUCCAGGAAUAUAUGCCCUCGACUGUGAGAUGUGUUACACCAAACAAGGGUUGGAACUAACACGAAUAACUGUGAUCAACUCUGAUCUGAAAGUUGUCUAUGACACAUUUGUGAAACCAGACAACAAAGUUGUGGAUUACAACACCAGGUUUUCCGGGGUGACAGAAGAAGACCUGCAGAAUGCGUGUAUAACCCUUCGGGAUGUCCAGGCGGUAUUGUUGAACAUGUUCAGUUCAGACACCAUCUUGAUAGGACACAGCUUAGAAAGUGACUUGUUUGCUCUCAAGCUUAUUCAUACCACAGUAGUGGACACAUCAGUGGUUUUCCCUCACCGCCUUGGACUCCCCUACAAGAGGGCACUACGGACACUGAUGGCUGACUACCUCAAGCGUAUUAUCCAGGAUAAUGUGGAAGGCCAUGAUUCAAGUGAAGAUGCCAGUUCUUGCAUGGAACUGAUGAUUUGGAAAAUCAAAGAAGAUUCAAAAGUCAAGCGAUGACUCCUCUCUCCUUCCUUUCCUUUUCCUUCCUCCUCAACCCUCUCUAUCUUCAUCCUCUCCAUUGUCCCCCCAGUUCCCUCACUUCCUCCAAAGCAGUGCAAUAAAUCCUCAGAGUUAACACUGUUCACCUUGCAAACAAGAGCCUCCCCUGCCCACCCCCUACCAGCACCCCUCCCUCCCUCUUUCCUACCUUACCUCCCUCCCUCCUUCCCUUCUAACCCCUGCUCUUCCCUUAGCCCCAGCCCAGCAACAUGCUUUACCCUGGUGUGUCUGUGCACUUUGGGGUGCUUGUGGAAUCUAGAGACUUGUGCCAGCUCAGCACAAGGGGCUGGCCUCUUCGGCUCCUGUACCUCUUGUCUCCCAUCAGAUGAGCAUUUCUGAUUCUUGCCUUUCCGGUCCCACAAGGUCAUGUUGAGCUGCACACCCAGAACUAGGUCCUAAUUCUCUGCCCCAGAGGCAGUUUGAUCAGGUCUGCAAAGUACUGUUUCUUUUUACAUGAUGUUAAAGGGUGGGUGGGUUGGGUGGGCAGGGGAGGGCAUGUCUAGUUACUGGGUUUAUUUAGGAGGGGGGAAUAGGGUUAUUAUUUUUUAUUGUUAUUUUUAUCAUUUUUAAUUUAAACCUGAAGAAUUGCACAGCAUCUGUCUGCCUGCCUGCCGCUGCAAGGACCUGGUGCUGCGCCACCCUUGGGGCUGGUGGAUGGUUGGAAGAGAAUCUGACAGGGCCCUGUCCAGCUCCCGAGGGAAAGAGCAGGAUGCCAGAAGGAUGCCGUUUCCUGGAGGGCACAGGUCACUUGAAGCCAACCCUGAGUGAGGCAGCUCUCCAUGAUGCAAUCCCCUAGCCCUGUCCUUGGGGGAAAGAAGCCACUGGUGUCUUAACAUGUUCGUCCCCUCCUGGGACAGGCUGCGCUGCUGGGAUCCCAAGAAAGGCCUAAGCCCCUGGCUGGUGUGGAACUUCUGAGCACGCCACAUCCCAUUUUCCCUAGUAACCCCAAUUCCCUCAGCCUUGUUCUGGGUUUUAUACCUUCCCCUUUCCCCUGCUUUGUUCCUCUUGGAGAGAAAACGUCACCUCCCAUGGAGGGGGAUUGAACAGCAUGUCUUUUGGCUCAUUCUGAUACUUUGGUCCCUACUCUGGACCUUUUCCCCUUCUGUGUCUUCAUGGAGUUGAACCAACUGUGAUCUAGGCGUUCCCCACCCUGAGUUUUGGGCACAACCCAGGAGUCCUAGACACAGCUUCAGCUUCCUCAGUUGGUGAUGGCAGCCUGUGACAGCAUCUGACUCCCAUCGAUGUCAGGUGUGGCGCUGGGAUCAGUGACACUAAAACAUCGGCCUUUUUCUUUUGUAACUUUGUUCUGAUUUCCACUGAAUUUAAUGGGGUUUGUUUUUAUUAAGGGGAAAUUUCAGCAAGACUGCAGAGGCACUGUUCUCCACUGCCUAGUUUUCUUCUCCUUCCUUCUCAGCUGGAACAAAAUAAAUGUUUGUAUAGAUUUCAGCUUUUGUACAGAUGUUUUUGGUGAUGCAUUGAGCAGGUUAGAAUCAUGUGGAGUCCAUUUUUGAAUAGUUCCCAAGGUUAGGGACCCCUUGUUAUGAGAGAAGGUCCUAGAGUUCAGCCAUGAGCUCUCCUUCCAGCAGUGAAAUAAGAAGAACCCUCUUUUGCCUUAAUGAAAACCAAGUUCCACAUCCUGGCUUAAACAUUGUGCAGGGAUCCUGGGAUUUUGUGUGUGUGUGUGUUUUUUUUAAAGAGAAAGAAAAAAACAAACAGGAUCUGCAUGCUACCAGAGAUUGACCAUGACCCAUCUCUCAUGGUGACACAACUUGGUGGGGGCAUGGAGGACCAGAUGAAGCCCCGUGGGCACUGGCUAGCCUAAAGGGCACAAUGGGCACAAUUCAUUCUGCCUGGAAAGGCUCUUGGUCCAGUGUCAUUGGGGUUAUUCUCAACAAAAGCCACUAUGUUCUGGACCAAAGUUGUCCAUGCACUUUCUUCCAGCAUGGAGCAUAUGAUUCUAGAGGCUUUUAUUGAUCCUUUAUUAAGUUGCUUCAUCUCCCCAGGAGGAGAGAUGGAUGCAGGUGUCCUUCUGUACCAUAUAUGAAAAUAUGACUGUUUGCCCUCUAAGAAAAACACUGUAAAUCCGAUCCAGUUUUCCCAUUGACUUGAAUUAUCUGGAGGGAUAUGUGUUUUGAGGUUGGCUGUUUAAUGUGCUGGGAGUUGCUAUGUGGGUGAGGGGAUGAAGGCUCUUCAUUUUAGGAGGGCGAUAUCUCAAGUCUAUUUUGCAUUUUUAAGGGAAAAUCAGACAUCCUUCUUUAGCUCUCACCAUGCCAUAUCCUCUAUCUUGAAUCUGUUUCCCCUAGUGACUGUUCUAUAUCUGAUACCUUUUCUUUAAAAAAAAAAAGGGGGGGUGGUAGCUGCUAACCCCCUUUGUGAGCACAUGCCCUGGUGGCCUUGGGGGCGUGGCCUGAAAAUGUUCUAUCUUUGACUUUUCAGGUUAUAUCCAAUGAUCUGCUGCCUACUUUGUGAAUUAAAUCUGGUAGAAUUUUAUAUGUUGAAUUUUGGGAUGAUAAGGGGUCUAUCCCCUUGUAUUUCUAAGCUUCUCCAGUGACCAAGACCACUGUUAGGGGCCAUACUCUUUGAGAAGAAGAGGUGACGGAGGUUUUUUAAAAUGUAGCCCCCUUUCAUUUUGUUUUGGGGGCUUUUGAUUUCUUAAGUGUGAAUGCUGCCUCCUCACUAAAAUGGAUGUAGAUGGUCUUCCUUGUUGACCAUGGCCAAAAUCCCACCAUUGCCAAUCUUUUAGCAUCCAUUUAAAGGAAAGGGGUGGAAGGAAGAAAGGUGGUCAGCACUAAAACCUUUGUAAUCUCUGUGGAAACUAAUGAGGUACUCUUUCCAUAACUUUUGGGAACCAAAUCAAUAUCGGGAACCAUUAGACCCUCAGGGAAUUGGUGGCAGCAGGGGGCCUGGCCUCCUGAAAGCAUUAAAGAACCAGCUUCUUUCUGGCUUUCUUUCCCAGGAGGCUUAAAUAACUUCCCUUGAUUCACUGUUAUCCAAGAUUGCCAGCUUGUCACUCAGAGGGGUCUUGGUUGAGGUGGUUUCCAUCAUCAUUGAAGACCUUCAGGGUACACAGUAAAGAACCACAUCUCUGCUUUAAGACUUGGUUUGGGUGGCAUGAGCCUGCAAAAGCCACUUGAGUUCAUUAGUGAGGAAAGGAAGGAGAUGAGUGAUUUUUGCCCUCCUCCCCCCAGAUUCAAAUAGGCUCUAAACUCAAAUGCCUCUGGAGGAGUGUUGAAUUGACUAUUGGCUCAAGCCACUGACUCCCCUUGGGGAAGGACACCUUCUAUCCCAUAAAGCCUGACCUCCUGGGAGAAGUCAUUAGCUGGACCUGUGGAGGAGGAGGCCCUCAGCUAUUUCAGCUUGGAGAGCAGGAGCAGCCAGCUGAGACAUGCUGGACAGUGAGCCUCCCAUUCCCUGCCUACUUAAGAGGCAAAAGCAGCUGUGUGUGUAAGGGGAAAUGGAGGGGGUGCAUUGUUAACUGAUGAUACUUGGCUCUGGAUUUUGGGCAGUAGCCAGUUGAGAAAUUCAGCAGGUCCCUCUCUUCUCAGAGAAGAAAAUUUAGCCCCAAAGGGCUCUUCCAGUUUGGGGCUAGGGCCAUUGCUGCUAAUGGACUGCUAAAGGGAAAAAAAAAUUCUUUUUUAAGUGCCCCACUCAAGAGAACUUCCUGGCUGGAUUUUUCUCCUUUAUGAAUGGGCCCAGUGCAUCAGGCCCCUUCUCUUUUGAGAAUUCUUUGAAGCAUUUACCUUUAAAAGUUUUUUUCCAGUCUCUCCUUUCCUCCCCAUCUAGGCUUGUGUCCUCCCCAUCUUUUAUAUCCCUGGGUCUCAGUUUUCUCAAUGUGAAACGAGGGAUUUGAACUAGAUAUUCUCCUUACUCUCCUUUCAGGCUCUAAAUCCUGUCCUUCCUCUCUCCCAGCUGGAUAUUAACUUGGGAUGAACUGGAGGCCUCAGUGUGCCAGGAUGCCCAGAGACCACUAGAGUGGGAAUGGGUAGUCACUAAGGAGGGGUUCUCCUAGCACAGCUUUGCUGACCCAGUCUCUGUGAUGCUUCAGACCCCCACAAGAGAGAGCUCUAAAGCACUAGGUAGUGUUGGGGACUGUACAUAUAGAUAUUGUAACUGUUAAUUUCCUUUUUGUAACUAUUAUUUUUUAAUAAAAGGUGCUGAGCUUAUUCACAAAA